CAUCAGUAAAAAUCAUAUUUUUCGUUCUGUCAUCGUGACAAUGUCACGCCUGAGAGCCUCGUGGCGAUUAUUUUAAAUUUUCAGUUUCGUGAACGCGUUUCCAAAAUUGAAAAGUGGGGAUGGACGACUCCAAAUCGUGUCUCAGUGACAGUCAGAGAAAGUUCGCGGAUUAUUAAAGAGAAAAGCCUUGAUUAUGUUCCUGAUCCUCGAGGAUUAGGAUACGAGUUUUACCAAGCGAUGUUUCUUAAUCAAAAUGCAGUGGCUCAGAUUGACGCAGAAAGUGGAUGUGCGGAUUCAUAUGGCAAUCUGCUCGAGAGAUGUAUCCGUACUGCGAUACGUCUACUUGUCGCAGGGAUUACGAAACGCGAUAUCAUAUGCCACUGUAGCAGUAAUCACAUUAACAGUUGUGUCCCGAUUAUUUGCGCCUUUUUCCUGGGAGUGCCGGUGGCUCCCGUAGAUCCCACACUCUCCUACGACGAAGCUUUCGAAAUCCUUGCCCAAAUCAGGCCGAGAGUUAUUUUCGUGACCCCGGACGUGGUUGAUACAAUUGAAAUGGCGCUUGGUGAAAUUAAUAUUGAAUGCGAGAUUGUGCUGUUUGGCUCAAGCCCGGAUUUUGUUGAAUUUGACUCGUUUCUGGAGCCAGACGAAGAAGAAAGCCACUUUCAGCCGUUGGAGAUAUCGGAUAUUAGGGAAACCGCGGUCAUUGCAUUCACCAAAGGACAAAAAGAUGAUUACAAAGGCGUCUGUUUGAGCCACUAUGCAAUCAUGAUGCAGUGUUUAAACACAAUAUCCUGUUGCAAUUUCGGAAAUACGUUUUGUUUGUCCAAUCGCGAGCCGGACAAAAACGUAAAUGGGUUCGAGACAGCUUUAAGCUUCAACACAUUUGCCAGAAUUGCUGAAAUUGAGCUCCUCUGUUGCUGCACUUUCACGGGGAUUACUAAAAUAAUAAACCAAAAAUUUGAUCCCACAUUUGCGUGGCGCACCAUCGACAAACAUGAAGUGAGUUUCAUGACUUGUACGUCGUUUCAAGCAAUCCAGUUGUACAAAAUUGGAAAGCCUGAAGGGGUCGUUGGCACAACUUUGAAAAUGCUGCUAACACAAGGGACUUCUUUGUCAAAAGCAAGUCUGUACGAAUUGCGAAAACUUCUCCCAUAUUGCUUUAUUACAAAUUGUUAUGGAUUAACUGAAACCACUGGCCGUGUUACAAUGUUUGCGUUUACAAAACCGGGGGAUAUAAGAGAUCAAUACGAAAAUCCCACGUCUUGUGGGAAGCUAGUGUCGGGAAUGACUUGCAAAAUCGUAGACCCCAUUACAGAAAAAAUUUUGGGUCCAAAUCAAGCCGGUGAACUGCGCUUUAAAAGCGAUUUAAUGAUGAACGGUUAUCUCAAACAGGACCAUUCUGAUCUUUUCGAUAAAGACGGUUGGGUGAAAACUGGAGAUGUUGCGCUUUAUGACGACAAACAUCGCUUCUUUGUGCUGAAUCGUCUGAAAGACGUGUUUAAGUGUUACAGUUGGCACAUCGCCCCUGUGAUUAUUGAAAACGUUAUUAAGGAACAUCCCGCUGUUAAAGACGCUGUUGUUAUCGGAAUAUUCGAAGAUAUUAAAGCUUGGAACCAAAUACCUAUGGCAGUGGUGACGCUGAAUAGAGGCAUGCGGAACAGGGUGACCGGCAAGGACAUACAAAUGUGGGCAAACAGCAAAUUAAGCAAAAAACAACAACUAAAAGCGGGGGUGAAAAUUGUCAAACAAAUUCCAAUCACAAUAGCCGGAGAGCCGAAAAGGCAACAAGUUAAAGAUAUGGUGUUGUGUGAAAACUUGUAAUUGUUUUUGUAAUAUAGUACAAUAUUUGCGUCUGUA